AGUAGGAGAAAUGAAGGCUUUCAUCGUUUAUUCGGCGUAUCUCGCAUUGUUGUGCGGAGGAAUCAACUUCGCUCUCGCUAACGAUGAAAAUGAAACACUUUCAAUCGAAGAACGUCUCGAUGCGAUUCAGUACAGCCUGAAUCAACUGUUCAUGGAAGCCAACGAGCAGAUGGAAGCCCUGACGACCGAAAUUCGUGCUGUAAAGCAGUCUCUGGAUCACCUGACAUGGUAUUCCGAACAUGUGAAGCAAUCGGUAGCUUCAAUCCAGAAUGAUAACGAUCUUCUGCUAAGGAACGUCACCCUUCUCACACUUCAGUCAGAUGAAAUUACGGCAAACCAGCAAUAUUGUGCAAACCAUGAAGCGUUAAAGAAUCUUUUCUUUGAGCUGAAACCGAAGUGUGGAGAGUUUCAUCCGGCACCGAAGCCACCAGAAACUGUCUAUAGUUCCUGCAAAUAUGUUCCUAAGCGAUCAGGAGUUUAUCGACUGGCAGUGAACGGCUCAUCUGACCAGUACAUGCAAGUGUACUGUGAAAUGGAAGAAUUUGGAGGUGGAUGGACGGUAUUCCAGAAGCGGCUGGACGGUUCGGUGAACUUCAAUCGUAGCUGGAGUGACUACAAGAAUGGAUUUGGAUCUGUAUCCGGUGAACACUGGUUGGGCUUGGAGACUUUGCAUGAUCUUACAACUCGGAACCACCAUGAACUUUUGAUCCUAUUGGAUAGUUUCAAUGGAACAUCAAACUAUGAACGGUACAGUGGAAUCGUGGUUGAUGGGGAAUUGCAAAAGUACAAGCUGUUUUUGAAUGGCAGUGGAACUGGAACCGCCGGUGACUCUCUGUUUGUCUAUCGUGGAGAGAUAUUUGUGACAUAUGACGUUCAGAGUGCUUCGUAUUUGGACUGUGCCAAACAACUGGCGAGUGGAUUCUGGCAUUAUAGCUGCAGUACUUCUGAUCAAAGAAACAACUUGAACGGAGUUUAUGGUACCAUCGCCAGAAAGCAAGGCAUUUGGUGGAAUACCUUUAGUGAAGGCAUCCAGUACAAUCCACUGAAGCGGAUUCAGAUGAUGAUCCGUGAGAAGACCAACUGAUGACAGUUUUAUGAGGACCAAAAUCAUCUGCGAUGUUUCAAUAAAUCUGACCGGAUACUUGCAACUGAA